UUCGCUCUAGACUCCACCUGUGCGGCUCUAAGUCAGCCAAUGGGAUUAUACGACGCUCAUACAUACUAUAAAACCUUUUGGUUUCAGAAAAUAAGAGACAGGAAUGAGGUGGACAACAGACAACACAAAGGAAAGCAAACCCUGACAGGGAGACAGCAAAGACAGACACCCUCACCAGCUGCAUCCAGACUUCAGGUGAAGCCGCCCACCCAGGAAACCACGGAUAGCAUCAACCUAAAGGGAGCCACAUCUCUCACGAAAGGUAAACACGCUCAUAUAACCCGGGCCCCCGUGGAUGCAGGGCCUCCAUUGCCCCGGAUAAGGGGAGCCCCAAACUCUGCAGGACGGGAGGGGGCGUUGAGAAAGGAACAACACCCGCUGGCAGGUUGGAGGGGCCCUCGCAGAUUGAUGUGCGUGUGAAACAAGCCGGGCCAGAUAUUGCGCAGUGCAGGUUUCAUUGUGUGGUGCGUCCCAGCUGCAGAUUCAUGCGUCUGGGCCCCGCCUCAGGUCUCUCAUCUGAGCAUGCGGUAAAUUUAACUUCAGUCAAAAUAAAGUUAAAAGGCAGGCUUUGAAUGGUUGGCUGACAAGGUGCCCUUUACACUUUGAACUGUGAACUUUGAACAGACUGCUCCUGUAGAGACAUACACUAACUCUAUAGGGGAUUAGACUAUAUAUUUUGUUGUAUAUAUCAUACAGGUGCUUAAAAACAAAACAAAUCAAGAAAUCUCACCUUCUUUUGUACAUUCUUGAGAUAAAUUUCCUCACUCAUUAAUCAAAGCACAUUUCAAGUCUUGCUCAUCUAUACGCAGAGUGUACAGUGAUUUUUAGCCACAGCGUGGCAAAAAAGAGUGUAGGUAUCGCUGCAGGGGAAGUCGAAACCAGGGACUUUCCUGUAAAAAUACCUACAGCUGUGAGCCUGACACCUUUCAUGUGAUGCUACUGGUUUACUUCAGUUUGUCUGACAUGGCGAGAAUAAAAAAAAGGGAAGGAGGACAUUAAACCAGACAGAACUACAAAAACAGCCAAGCCAACAGUCAGAUCCCAGAUGUACCGGAGUGGUGUUUUUUGUGUUUUUAGCAGCCACUGUUGGAGAGGGAAGAGAAGGAUACGGUUGGUGUUUAGUUGGUUGCAAUCUGCAACUACACCACUAGAGGUCACUAAAUCCCACGCACUGAACCUUUAAUCUUUAAUCAGGAGACAUUUCAUGUCUAGAACAAAUGUCUUGCAAAGGAAAUGUAAAAAGUAACAGGAAAUGGAAAUACUGAAGAAAAUCUGUGCCGUACUUUCUGCUGCCUUUUGCGUUUACAUCAGCGGUGGAGGUUGCAGCACGUGUUGGAGUAUACUGGUUUUUACUUUGGUGAAUGAAUGUCCACUCACAGCGGGGCCAUGUGUACUAUCCUAUACGCCACCGAGACCCCCCUCCUCCCCCCAGCAGGCGGACAUGGCACAGCCUCACAGAGAUGCACCGACAUUAUCCAUUCACUGCACGCUGGCCAACGCAAAACUGGCAGCAGCCAAACGCACAGGAAAAGAAAAGAGCCCUGUCUUUUUUUUUUUUUUGUCUCUGAUUUGUAAAUACCUCGGAUGCAGUGCAACAACUUCCAGGCUUGUAUCUUAUAACCAUCAAACAUUUACAUGAGAAAGUUGACAAAGACUGAAACAGCAGAGGAGGCCUCGCAACAAAGAGGCCCAUUUAUAGUGUACAGUGAGGGAGAGACACGGAGAGGGAGGGUAGGAGGACAGGCUGGGAGGAGAGUGGAAUUAAUGAAUUAAAAAUGUCGUGAAACAGCGGCUGUCUGAAUAGUUUUGGGUUUAUAUAGAGAGGCGUGCAGGGGGGUCCCGGAGGAGUGGACAGCACAAGCUUCUUUAACUUCUCUCUUGUCCGAGAGCACAGGACUCCUUCUCAGCUUCACACGCAGGAAGAAGUGCAAAGGAGAAGUGCUCAUCUGAUUACAUAAUGACCCAGUAACAGUGAGCCAGAACCGGUACUGCCAGUGCCAGUGUGCUGGGAGACACCAACUGACCACUGGUUAAUCCAGGCCUCUCCUCUGACGGGCUUUUUUAUCCCCUUUUCCUUUUCUUUUUUAAAUAUAAGAUGACAGCGACGUAGAGGGACUGCAGCGAGAAAAACAAGCAAACAAUGUGAUGUCAAAGUGAGAGGUGAUUUCAAGCAUGCCUCGUUCAAAACUCUGACUCUUUUGUCUUCUUUUUUCAAUCUUUUUCCAAAUGCACGUAUUCUGCCUUUUUCACAUGUCUGCUGCACAGAGAAAUUAACUAAGGCUUCAAGUUUCCGAGCUGUGGUCAAAGUGAACUCUACAGAAGGUCUACAGAGAAGCUCCAGCCAUGACCUCAGCCGACCCCCCGUCUUCUGAAGCCUCCUCUCCCCAGAAGGUAUGCCACUCCCAGACGCAGACUGACAUCACCAAGCCCCUGCUGGACUCCACGGGAGGCAACGGAGGUGCAGGCGGAGUAGGAGCAGGAGCAGGAGCCGGAGGGCCCAAUGCUCUUCGAAGGAGGCGCCGCGUGCUCUCCAAAGAUGGACGAAGCAACGUCCGCAUUGAACACAUAAGUGGACGUGGGGCGCUGUACCUCCGUGACCUCUGGACGACUUUCCUGGACAUGCAAUGGCGCUACAAGUUCUUCCUCUUCUCUGCCACCUUUGCCGGGACCUGGUUUGUGUUUGGAGUUCUUUGGUACCUGGUGGCAAUGGUGCAUGGAGAUCUGCAGGAGUUUGACCCCCCCUCCAACCACACCCCAUGUGUGAUGGAGGUGAAGACCCUGACAGGAGCCUUCCUCUUCUCUCUGGAGUCUCAGACCACAAUUGGCUACGGGUUCCGGUGCAUCACAGAGGAGUGUCCUGUCGCUAUUAUCCUGCUCAUCUUUCAGCUGGUCAUCACCAUGGUGAUGGAGAUCUUCAUCACUGGCACUUUUCUUGCAAAGGUCGCUCGUCCCAAGAAAAGAGGCGAGACGGUGAAGUUUAGUCACAACGCUGUUGUGUCAAAUCACGAGGGUCGACCCUGCCUCAUGAUCCGAGUGGCCAACAUGCGCAAAAGCCUGCUGUUGGGAUGUCAGGUGACAGGGAAGUUGCUCCAGACGUCCCUGACCAAGGAGGGCGAGACAGUGCGGCUGGACCAGCGCAACGUGUCUUUCCAGGUGGACACGUCCAGCGACAGCCCCUUCCUCAUCAUCCCCCUGACGUUCUACCACAUCAUCGACGAGAACAGCCCACUCAGAGCCUGGGCAGCCAAAGGUGGGGGAUGGACGGACCCCGAGCUGGCUGACUUCGAGCUGCUGGUGAUCAUGAGCGCCACGGUGGAGCCGACCUCUGCUACCUGCCAGGUUCGAACAUCCUACCUUCCGGAUGAGAUCCUCUGGGGCUACGAGUUCCCCCCCGUCGUCUCCCUGUCUCCCUCAGGAAAAUAUGUGGCUGAUUUCGCCUUCUUUGACAAAGUGGCCCAAACCAAAACCCCACCCCUGUUCAGUCAGUCCCUGCCACCGAGCCCGCCAUCACAGGCGUCCCGUCACCACGGCGGCACGGAGGAUGGGAUGGAUCCGGAGAAGAUGCGGCUGGAGGAGAGAUACAGGGGGGAGGAAAGGGGGAGGGAGAGGGGACGCAUCAGAGACAGCAGUCCACUGAGUGUGCGUAUCAGUAAUGUGUGAGCGAGGAGACAGACGGGAACAGGUUAUAGAGAGCUGAUGUGAAACUGAGAGCAGAUAAAGACAGGAAGGAAAGAAACAGGCUUCUCAACAAGUCACAAGAAAACAUCUCCUCCACUUACAUGCAUAGGACAGCUCGCCUCGGUGUGUGUGUGUGUGUGUGUGUCGUGGAAACUGAACACUUUGAUGACUGAUGAGAGGAUUUCUGUAGUGUGCGUGAUCCAUCUGAUAUGCAUGUUAACCACUGAACUACAGUACUGUUUUCUUUUUUAUUUCUUUUUUAAAUAAAAAUACCUGCAACAGGUGGUGAAAAAUACUGGAAGCAUAUUAUUUUUUUAACGAAGGAAUUUUUAAAGGAAUGCAUCAUAUUUUGUGUACCCAGUAGUUUCUAACAACCCUGUGACUUGUUGCACCUGAAAAUGUUGCGCUGUUUGAUAUGAAUGUUUUGUUUUGGUUUUUCUUUCCGUGUUUAUCGGGUACGUAUGUUUAGUAAUGUUACUAAAAGCACUUUAAUUUGAAAGAAAAGUGGCAUUUCACAUAAGGGGAAUAAAUGAACUAACUCUGAUGCUUAAUGUACUGUAUUAAAUGAUUAAAUCUGCCCGUUGUGUUUGGGACUUGUGUGUGUGCGUUCUUAUGCUUGAAAAUGAGUAAUUUUGUGAGUGCGAUUAUACUGUUUUUAUGCCUUUACUGCCUUAAAAUAUGUGUACAGUAUGCGUGUAUUAAUGUACCUCUGUACAGUGUAUAAAAUAUUUUUUCCAA